AUGUUAUUCUGUUUUGAAAGAAACACCGCUCAUAUACGCAAACCAUGGAUAGGUUUCAAAUCCUAUCCGACACGUACCACUAUCCGAGGGUGGGAUCCUUCAUUCAACGCGAUUACUGGUCUGAAUGGAACGGGAAAAUCCAAUAUUCUAGACGCUAUCUCAUUUGUGUUGGGCCUCACUGACUAUAAAGAGUUGCGCGCGUCCAACUGGCAAGAGUUGAUCUACAAAAAAGGAGCCGCUGGAGUGACGAAAGCGAGUGUUACUAUUGUAUUUGACAAUUCAGACCCGGCGAGCAGCCCGCCUGGUAUGCAAGCAUUGAAGCAGAUUACCGUUACGAGACAGAUCUCGAUCCCAAACAAAUCCAAGUAUCUGGUGAACGGGCAUGUCUCACAGCAGCAGCAUGUUCAAACAUUAUUUCAGUCUGUACAGUUAAACAUCAACAAUCCAAACUUUGUUAUUCGGCAAGGAAAAAUUACCAAGGUACUGAACAUGGGCCCACGUGAAAUAUUGGGAUUGAUUGAAGAAGCAAGUGGUACGAGGAUGUACGAGGAGAAGAAAGAAAAGGCGCUGAGGACCAUAAGCAAAAAGGAGAAAAAAGUCGAGGACAUUGAAGCGCUUCUUGCGGAAGAAAUUAACCCUAAGCUCGUCCGCCUACGAAAAGAAAAAGAGUCUUACCUCGCGUACACAAAAGCCGUAUCUGAAUCGGAACGUCUGGGCCGUCUUGUUUCAGCAUUCCAAUACACCGACUAUCGCUCACGCCUGAAUCAACGCAAAUCUGACAUCUCCACUUUGAGUGACCACAAGUCUACCUUGGAGCGGUCCAGAAAAGAUAAGGGCAAAGAACAGGCAAAAAUGUCAGAGGAGGAGGCGGAGGUGACUAGGAGAAGAGACGAAGAGAUGCACAAAGAUGGAAAAAUGAGGGUGCUCGAGGAGGAGAUGGCCAAAUGCGAGAAGGACGUCGCCAAAGUGUUGGCCCAGGAGGAGAUUGUUCAAGGCGUAUAUCAAGAGAAUACGAAGAAGGUCGAGGAAGUCAAAGUUGCGCUUGCUAAAAUGAAUGACUCCUUGGAAGCUUCUCGUACGGCUCUUGCUACAAAAUCCGCUGCAUUCAACAGUGCAAAAGAGACACAAUCUGCAGCCCAGCAAUCUCUUACGACGGCGGAAGAACUUUCUCAAUCUCUUUCCUCUGGACUCUCGGGCAUGAGCACAUAUCAGUCCAGUAUCGCCGAAGCAAAGAACCGAGCCGCUGCAGCUGGGACCGAAGCAGACCAAUCCGCCAAGCAACUCCAACUUGCUCAGGCUGAAAUUCGGGACAAGGAGAAUAGGGUGAAAAAGAUUGAGACCGAAGGACGGGAAGGAAGAGAGGCUGUUGACAAGGAAAAGAAGGAAAUUGACCGGCUCAGGGGUCAACUGGAGAAGAUGGGCUGGACUAAAGAACUCGGAGAAAACGCUGAGCAGGAGGUUGAGAUGGCUAUAGAAGAAGCGAGGAAAGCGAGAGACGAGGCAGAUCGGUACCGGGCGUUACUAUCCCAACUCGACUUUGCAUACUCGGAUCCCACGCCCAAUUUCGACCGUUCAGCAGUAUUAGGACCCCUAGGGAACCUUAUUUCGCUCACGCCUGAGGUGGCAGACAAGUGGAGCACUGCCCUUGAAAUUUGCGCGGGAGCCAAAAUAUACAACGUUGUAGUACGGGACGAGCGUAUUGGUUCUCAACUCCUCAAACACGGGCAACUCCGCAAGCGCGUAACCCUGAUUCCACUUAACAAAAUUUCCCCGCCCCGCGUUACUCCCGUACAGAUCGCAGCCGCCAAAAAGAUUGCUCCCGGAAAGGUCUUCCUCGCACUUGAACUUAUUUCAUUCCCACCCGAAGCUCGGCCAGCAAUGGAGUUUGCGUUCGGAGAUACUCUGAUUUGUGCGGACGACGAAACGGCCAAGAAGGUCACUUAUGAUCCUAUCGUUCGAAUGCGAUCUGUUACCAUACAUGGGUCGCUGUACGAUCCGUCUGGAACAUUGAGCGGUGGUAGCGCACCUCAGGGAGCGGGCAUCUUGAAAAAGGUGCAGGAUGUGAUCCGGUGUGAGGCGCGGGUCAAAGAAUUUCGAGCUCGUGAGGUAGAGUUAAAGAAAAAAUUAGAAGAGUGGGGUAGAAUUGAGCGUGAGAUGGACGGACGAGAAGAUAGGGUCAUGAGGAUGGAGAAAGGAGUUGGCGGAGAUUCGUCCAAAUUGACUCGCGAAAUUGAAGAGCUUAAGCGCACGAUUAUGCAACUGGAGAGCACGAUUACCGGAGCGAAGGAGCGGAAACAGGAAGCCCAAGCCGAGGCCGCAAAACUCGAAAAAGACAUGAAGGAGUUUGGAGGCAACAAGGAGAGUAAACUGAAGGAACUCAAGGCGGAUAUAGUCAAGAAACGAUCCGACCUGGCGAAGAAGACGGCUCAUGUCAAAGACUUGCAGAAAGAAGUGCAGGUAGCUCAGCUGGAACUGGAGCAAAUGGAUGCGGACAUCGAAAAGGCGACUGAAGAAGUUGAGGCUGCCCAAACAGCUGUGAAAGAGAGUCAAGAGCAGAUUCGAGAGCUAAAGGGCAAGAGAGACAAAGUCGAAGCAACGCGAUCGGUUGUGGCUGCUAAACUCGAUAAAGAGAAAGCCGCCCUGAAAGCUUACCAAACUCAGCUUGACGCUCUGGCAACCCAGAUCGGUCGAAUCACUCAGCAGAUUUCAGACAUCGAGCUGGAAAUUAAGACUGCAGACCAUGACCUUGCGAAUGCUACCAAAGAGAAGUCUGCACUUGAGAGUCGAAUCACUGAGCUGGCAAAAUUAAACCCAUGGUUCGCAGAUGAAGAGCGGAACUUUGGCAAAAAAGGCGGGGAGUUUGAUUUCUCUGCUAUGGAUAUGCAAGCCACCAAGGAAGCUGCGAGGAGAGCAGAGGAACAGUCCAAGGGGAUGAAGAAAAAGGUCAAUUCCAAGGUUAUGCAUAUGAUCGAAGGUGUGGAGAAGAAAGAUAAAGAGCUUCAAGAGCGCAUCUCUAUGGUUCAAAAGGAUAAACUUAAAAUUGAGGCCACUAUCCAAGAGCUCGACAGAGAAAAAAUGGCAGCACUAGAGCAUACUUGGACCAAGGUCAAUGACCAGUUCGGCCAGAUUUUCGCAGAGUUGCUGCCCAGCAACUUUGCAAAACUGCAACCCCCUGAAGGGAAGGAAUUAACCGACGGAUUGGAAGUCAAAGUUCGCCUUGGGCAAGUCUGGAAGCAAAGUCUGACUGAACUAAGUGGUGGGCAACGAUCCCUUGUGGCACUGUCUCUUAUCAUGGCCCUCCUUCAAUUCAAACCAGCGCCCAUGUAUAUUUUGGAUGAGAUAGACGCGGCGCUUGACCUGUCACACACACAGCAUAUUGGCACUCUCUUCAGGAAUCGUUUCCGUGGAAGCCAAUUCGUAGUCGUCAGUUUGAAAGAAGGGCUAUUCACCAAUGCGAAUGUCUUGUUCAGGACACGCUUUAGGGAUAACACUAGUAUAGUCGAGCGAACCGCACAACGUUCCAACUCGGCAUUGUACGAGGCGAAUACCGCGGCAGUUCGCAGCACAGACACGCCGGGUAUCUAUUACUCCCGUAUCGAUUUGGUGCUCUUCUCAGAAUGGUUUUCCAAGCCUAGGGUCGGAAAUGAUGCAAGCGCGCUUGGGUUCCAGGCACCUUUGAUACCUGCGCUGAAUAAGAAUGUCUCGCAAGGAAACACGCUUUCUCUUGGGGUUUCGGCGACUAAGACAACCGAUCUGAGCACUAUAGAAGGAGAAGCCCCAAUCUACUCAAACCUGGCCACCAUGUUCUCCACUAGCGCUUCCGCCCUUCCAUCUUCAUGUCACGUCUGUCCUCUGCCAUGUAUCUACUUCACUGGUGGGAUCAAAACCAUGACACACAUUGAUGGGUGUCUUCUGGAUAGACGUCAUAUGCAGCAUAUUUACAUACUCAACGGAAGGAGUGGAUUCGGCAAGACGCAGAUCGCAUUGAAAUAUGCGCAGACCCGCGGGCGAUUCUUCUCAGACAUCUUGUUUGUCGAUGGAUCAUCUCAAGAUACUGUGAAACAGUCCUAUACCUCUUUUAUAGUCAACAAGGGCCGUGGCACGAGUAUGGAAGACUCACUGCGGUGGCUUUCUUCGAAUAAGACCAAUUGGUUGAUAAUCCUUGACGGGGCCGACGCCCCAGAUCUCGAGUUCAGGAGUUUACUCCCGUCUUGCAGCCACGGUAAUAUAAUUAUUACUACUCGGCGCACUACAUUCCCCUGUUCCUCCGAAUGGCCCCAUUCUCAAAGCCGUUUGACUCCGAUGAAUCAAGAAGAUUCUCUGGAUUUAUUGGCUAAAGUAGCAGGAAUAAGCCUUCCGCUGUCCUCUUCUCAUCAAGGAUUGCUAGAUUUAAUUGAGGAUGCUCAAUUCUUACCGAUUCCUCUUACGCUCUCGGGUGUGUUUUUGAAAAGAGCUUCUGGUGGCAAUAUCAAUGAAUCCUGUCAGUUGUAUCGUGAACAAUUUCUCGAGCGCUUACAAGAAGCGCACGCACGGUCCGGAGCUCGACGUAGUCCCUGCAAGAAUCUAGUGGAAGCAGCGUGUCUAAUCGCUUUCCCAAAUCUGGAUACCCAUAGUUUGAACUUUCUUCGGGUCCUAGCAUUUAUGCACCCAAGGGGAAUCUCGGAAGAAAUAUUUCGGCGCGCUGCCGAGGGGUUUUCUACUUACACCUCAAGCUUGCCUCCGACCGAGACUGAAGACCGUGUUACCUCAUUUUUAAAGAUACUGCUCGACCCAUUCCUGGAUGGCGACCCUAACUGGAACGGCAUGGCUUUUAUGCACUUGAUGGCUGAGAUGCUGGAUCGCUCCUUCCUGGAUUUUGUCCAGCCAGGUGCUUUGUAUUCCGUGCCUCCCUGUAUUCACGAUAUCGUUGCGCGAACACAGAUACCUGAUGCUCCUUUCUACUGUCGGAUAGCCACACACCUUCUUGCACUUGCUAUCGACCCUUCUCGGGAUGACAACGAGGAACUAAAGUUCCGCCAACUAAUAGCUUCUCACGUUAACUCGGUUCUCAUACAAGGAGAGAACGUUAGCUUGGACGAGGCUGCCCGGUUUGUUCUCGUGUACAUGACCAACGGUCAGCUAGAAGAAGCUGAAACUUUGCAGUUGGAGGUUCUCGAGUUCCGGCGGCGAAUGCUUGGCGAGGACCAUCACCUUACCUUAGAUAGCCAAGACCGACUAGACACUAUAUAUAGAAUGCGAGGCAAAGAGGCGCCUAAUGCUCGUUUUAUUGAUGAGGAUUACUUAGCAUCCCUCCCUCAUAGCCAGCUUUCCCGACGACCUCGGGUGGCUCAGAACCGAAUUUCUCCUCUAAAUGACAUCGUAAAACAUUUCACGCUGGUGUCGCGGCUACGGGACCUCACACACGAACUUGGGCCAUAUCCAAAUGCCCGUACAUCAUGGGGUGGAAUAGGGGACAUAUACCGAGGCGCAUUGCAUGAUGGCACCGAAGUUGCCAUCAAGACGCUGCGUCGUAGCCGGACCAAAUCCGAGAGUAAGAUUAUCAAGUAUACUGCCCGAGAAAUCGCUGCUUGGUCAAAACUUGAUCACCCGAAUAUACUCGAAUUUCUCGGACUUGCUGUAUUUCAAAAUCAGCUAGUAAUGGUGUCUCCUUGGAUGCAUUAUGGAGACGUUGUGGAGUUUGCCACCCAGCGAGGCGCCAACCGAUGUUCCUUGUGCCUCCAACUUAGUAGUGCAGUAGCAUACAUGCACAGCAUGCACACGGUUCAUGGCGAUAUUAAAGGAGCGAACGCACUGGUGUCCGAAGAUGGUAUUGUAAAACUGACCGAUUUCGGGCUUACAAUUCUUCAAGAGCCGGACGUUUACAUAUCGUUUACGGAAAAGGGCGGGGGGACCGAACGUUGGAUGGCACCUGAGCUUCUAUUAGAAGAGACCGCCGUCAGAUCCGAAAAGGCUGACGUAUAUGCGCUUGGGAUGACAUUUCUGGAAAUCUUCACGGGUCUUCCACCCUUCAGCAAUGUUAGGCGGAACGCUGCGGUAGUGGCCAUGAUAUCACGAGGCGAGGGACCUCGAUAUCCGAACGAAAUGGCGCUGUACACAAGACACAGCGAUCGCGUAUGGGAGAUGCUUCAGCAAUGUUGGAGGCAGAAUCCCGCUGAGCGCCCAACAGCAGAGCAAAUCAAGGCGGUUUUCUAUGAAAUUAUGUAA